UGUCUAGAAAUGAAAAAAGAAAGAAAAAAAAAGCAGAAGAGGAGAAAAGGAAGCAAGACAGCGGUAAGCGUACUAUGUUACUGUAGUUUUAUGUCCUAAUGUAGUCGAAGCACUGCAGACUAGUAGUAGGUGUAGUAUUUUUAUGUCCUAAACCAAUUAACUGCCUUGACAUGUUGUAACUAGCUUGUUAGCGUUUGCUAACAGCAUUGCAGCAUGCUAGCGUUUCUUCAUACAUAAUGAUGUUACCUAGAACAUUAAAUCAGUGUUUAGAAUCACCAUACACACUGAUCAGCCAGACUGAUAAGAUGUUACAUGAUUUACUUCUGUGCCAGAAUGUUAUCCUUAUUAAGUAAAAGCAAUAUAACUUACCUGCUAGUCAGUAGAAUACGGUAUGUGUAAAGAUGGUGUACUAAGCACAAUAAUAAUAAUCUGAAGUACAUUUUGUUUAUUAAGGCAAAUGUGUGUAAAUAAUUAAGGAUAGUGUGAAGUGAAUGAAUAAUGCAAUUGGGGGGGCACUUUGAGUGCCCUAAAAAGCGCUCUAUGAUAACGAGGCGUUAUUAGACUUUUAUUAAAUAUGCUAUUGCUCCAAGUCCAACUGUCCCCCUUACUUGCACAUGCUCAAAGGGCCCCAUGUUGCCUGCUGCCUAGGGCCCCCGGGGACCCUUGCUACGCCUCUGACUCUACCCACCUCUGGCAAUUGGUGUAUCAGGAAGUAGUGCACUGAUAAAGGCUCUGUGUCGUUUAAAGAUUCUAUUUUCGGAAUAUAGCAUAUAAAAUGAUUUUUUUUUUUUAACUCAUUAGUAACUAAUUACUCAAAUUUAGAUGUUAAUACGCUGACACUACUAUUUCAAUAAUUGAUUCAUUGUUUAGGGUCAGAAAAUGGUACAAGUCAUGCUUUUCGAGCCUUUUUCAAAUGUAUUUUUGUAUUAUUUUUUCUUAGUUAUAUGUUUUAAGUAAUUAAAAAUACAGUAAAGGAGAAAAUAAAUAUUAUUUUCCAUUUACUAAAAAAAUAUAAAAAGUAAAUAUUUGAAAUAAAUAUUUUUACUUUGUAUACUUUUUAAAAGCAUUUCUUUCCCUUUUAAUUGAAAAAAAAUAUACAAGGUAAAAAUCUGUAAAUAUUCUGACUUCUGUAGUCUAAGCCUCUCAGUCAAAAUGGAGUCUUGCCAUCAAUGAAAGUGAAUUACUAAAUUUAUAGCACAAAAUGUUAAUUCGAUGUGCUGCUCCCUGGCGUGAUGAAUUCUCCCCAAAAUACGAGGUAAAUCCAUAAAAUCAUCCCCGAUGACACAAAAAAACAGAAAGCGCAGGUGUAUGAGGUGUACAUCACCCUUUAACCAUUAAUCAUCCAGUUGACAGCCGAGGUGAAAAAUAUCAAAUUACGCCAUAAACGCUUUGAACAGCUGUACAGGAGCCUGUCUUCUAAUAUCAUCUGCCUCUUCUCUUUAAUCACACCUGAAAGUUUCUGGUUUCUCCAUCCAUCACGACUUGAAACUUAAUCAUCUGCGAAAAGAUAUUGUUUUGGUUCUGGUGGUCUGCAGCUCCCAUGUUUGAAUUUGUGCGCGCUGCUUGUUGAUUGACACAAGGUGGAAUGAUCAACACGUGAUCUUGUGGCGGUAGUCAUAAGAGGCUGCGGAGGAUGAGUGCGCCCUCACAAAAGAAGAACUCGUGUGACACGCUGCAACAGAGGAAAACAUGGACGAUUUUUUUCCAUCAGCCUAUAUGACAACAGAAAUGGAUGACUAUGUCACUGACCCCCUGGAUUACUCUGGCGACUACGACACAGGCCCCACCCAGGCCACUGGCAUGUGCGACCGGAGCUGGGUCCGGCAGUUCCGAGGUUGGUAUGAACCCCCCCUCUUCUGGACCAUUUUUACACUGGGCGCUGUGGGAAACCUACUCGUGGUCUGGAUCUACAGCACCGUGCGCAACCGUCUGAAGACCAUGACUGAUGUCUACCUGCUCAAUUUGGCUGUGGCCGACUUGCUCUUCCUGUGCACGCUACCUUUCUGGGCGUCGGAUGCCAUUAAAGGCUGGGAAUUCGGACGGGGUCUUUGCAAGACCGUGUCGGCCGUCUAUAAGAUCAACUUCUUCAGCAGCACGUUCCUCUUGAUGUGUAUUAGCGUGGACCGCUAUAUCGCUAUCGUGCAGGUCACCAAAGCUCAGAACUGGAAGGAGAAACGUCUUUUCUACAGUAAACUAGCAUGCGUGGCAAUCUGGGUGAUCUCCACUCUCCUCGCCAUGCCCGAGUUCCUCUUCGCUCAGGUGAAAACAGGAUUGAACGGCACAUCUUUCUGUGUGAUGGUCUACUGGAACAAUGCCAACAAUCGCACCAAGAUCCUGGUGUUGACCCUUCAGAUCUGCAUGGGUUUCAUUCUCCCUCUACUUGUCAUGGUCUUCUGCUACUCAGUCAUCAUCCGCACCCUCUUGCGCGCCAGGAACUUUGAAAAACACAAAGCCCUGCGCGUCAUCUUCAUCGUGGUAUUUAUCUUCCUAGCCUCGCAGUUACCGUACAACAGCCUGCUUAUGGUCGAAGCCUCGCAAGCAGCCAACGCAACUAUUACCGACUGCGCCAUGGUCAAGAGUUUCGACGUGGCCGGACAGGUCGCUAAAAGCUUGGCGUACACGCAUGCCUGCCUCAAUCCCUUUCUGUAUGUCUUUGUCGGGGUUCGUUUCAGGCAGGACUUAUUCGGGUUGAUAAAAUCGUGCAGCCGAAGGAUGAGUAAAGACGAGAUUCCCAAAAUUUCAAUGGUUCCCAUACGACCGUCAGUUGUGACAGAUACUGAAACCACUCCGGCGCUUUCUUUAUGAAUUUAUUCACAUUUGAAAUGGAGUCAGAUGCAACUGGAUUUGGUUGCCAGUCAAUCAUGAACAACCAUUUAGACUCAAAGCACGGAUUCAGAGUCUUUAACUCCUUGGCUGUCAUUGAAAGUGUGGGAAGGGCUGGCAGCCAUCAUGGCCUGUAAAUAGUUCGCGACUUGAUUCAAUUGAAAAUAGAUAGUCGAAGUUAAAAAACAUGGUCCAUGACGAGUGAUACGAAAGUGAUUUGGUAACAGCAUAGAUUUGAUGCAGUGAAUGGAUGACUGUAAUUUUCUAAAUAUAAGGGGUACCUCACUAUACGCCCCACCCACCAGAUUAGACACGAAAACGACAUUUGUCCAUAGAUAAGCCGCACUGGACUAUAAGAUGCAGCUGUGCUCAAUGUAUUAUGGAGGAGACAGUCAACUUCUGCUGCCACCAGCUGUCAACACUGUUGUCGUCCAAAAUGCCUCCUAGCAUGCAUUGCGGCGCUACAGACAAAAUUCAUGUUCUGUGCUAAUUAUUUCUUCAGUUGCUGUUCGGGUUGUUUCAUUAAUUGCGAGUCAUGGUAUUUGGUAACACUUAAUUUGACAGUGGCGCCAUAAAACUGUCAUAAGACAAUCAUAAUUAUGAUAUUACACUGUCAUGAGUGUUAAUGAAUGCUUAUGACAUGUCAUUUAGUGUCAUCCGGGAAAUUAUCUCACUUUUGAAUGAAUGUAAAAGAUCAACACUGGACAUAAAUGGAGUUAGUGACAUAAUUUGCUGGAUGACAAUUAAUGACAUCUGUCAUAAGCAUUCAGUAAUGCCCAUGAUAGUGUCAUGUCAUAAUUAUGCCUGUCUUACGACAGUCUUAUGAUGGUGCGGUCCAAUAAAGUGUUACCUAUUAGCCCAAAUAAAUCAACAAAUAAGCUGCACUGGACUAUGAGCUACAGGAUUCAGAAUGAGGGAAAAAAACUAGCGGCUUAUAGUCCAAAAAUUAUAGUAGUUGGCCAAAAAAAUGUGUUUUUUGUGUGUGGAAGAACAGAACAUUUGAGAUCAGAACCAAAACUCAAGGGCGCUGGAAGUCACUCACAGCAGAGGGUGCUGAGGAUCUUAUUUUGAUUUUCGCUUCCAAAAACAGCCGUUUCAGUCCAAAUUUGUGAUGCUCGUGCUUUUCCUCCAUACAAGGCGUACGCAGUGGCAAUACUCAGGCUUGCUGGAUAGUUUAAGUACUACUACUAGGCUACGACAAAGACAGUGUACUAUUUCACCUACAGUGUUUGUUGGAGUUUUUGUAUUGGAAAUAAAAGCAUCCAUGUAAUAUAAUGCCAAUCCCCACAGCUAGACGGCGCAAUGACACACAAACACAUUUGAGAACCAAAAAGUCCAUUAAGCCUUAGUUUAACACCCGGCAGCUCAACAGCAACAACAAACAAUAAUAUGGUGACAAUGCAAGCUAUUUGAAGUUCUCCACGGUCUAAAUCUGCACCUAACCUUUUCCUCACUAGAAACUAUUAUAAACUAUCAUAAUCAUCUUCAUUUUUGACCUCAAAUUGAAUUUUAGAAAAUUUUGCUGUUUUUUUUUUUUUAAAGAAAAAAAAGGCUAGUUUGUUUUUGUGCCAUAUUGACAUGUGAUGAACAAAAAAAACUUUUUCAACAUAUAUAUUUAAUCCCCAGUUAAAUAUGCCAUUGUUUCAAAAUGUUUAUUGAUAUGUUUUUAACACACACAAAACAAAUCUACCAAAACACUUUUUUUUCUCCUCAACACCAGGGGGUGCUGUAUCAUCCUCAGCACCCCACUUCCCGUGCCCCUGACAACUAUUCACUCAGAUACAAGGAUCCCAAUCGUUAACCAAACAGGUUGCCUGAACAAAAACUUUAAAUCUGCUGAGUGAAAUCCUGGGUCUUUCAUCUAACUAAUUGGCUGCCAUUGACUGUGAUAAACAUCCCAGUUCCCAAAUGGAUUGGGCGUCUACAACGGUUAAUAGCAUUUUUUUCAAUUGCAAAAUCCUGCAGACCUGACAUUGUACAUAUCAAUUGUAAAUAGCGUCUUGUUAUUCGUUUGUCAUGUCCUUUAUCUGUAAUAAAAAGAAUGUUCUUUAUUUUCAGAUGAAAACAUUAAAAAACAUCAAACAAUCAGCUAUUUCUAUCAACUAUGAAGAGAAACAUUGCUCUUUACCAACAGGUGAGACACUUUCAGCAUCCUUUCACUGGUGGCGGGAAACCAAUCAGGCAGCCAUGUUGGAUUUGAGUUGCUGUUAAACUGUUUUUUCGACUUAGCACAUAUAACGGAGUUGCAAUGAUGCAAAUGAAAAGCGCGUGGGUUCGCGGUUUGGUUUGUUGGCGUGCUGUCUCGCAUGUGUCGGUGUAUUUACGAUUCAGUCGGGCACAUGACCUCGAGAGAAACUUGUGCCCUGUGGUUGGCCACAGUCUGCUUCCCAAACUGUGGUGUUCAAAUGAGACUGACAUUUGUUGUUCUCAUGACAGGAAAUAAGUAAGAGCAAUGACAGAAAGUUCACAAAAAGCCAAAUCAUGAACCAGGAAGUUCAUGUCUAUCUGUAAAAAAAAUGGAGAAACAGCAUCAUAACGGCUUAUAAAAAAUUAUUUGAGUACCAUGACUAAAAUAUAGGACCUAGAAAAGGUCAGACAAACAUACAGUGGGGCAAAUAAGUAUUUAGUCAACCACUAAUUGUGCAA